UGGUAUAAAGCCUAAGGUGGCGGUAACUAGCAAAGAAGACCCGGCUGGAAAACCCGUAUCCUAGCUGCGAAAAAAGAGACCCAACUCCUGUCAUGAACGUCGUCGAAAGGAGAAGAGAGAAGUACCCAGCAAACGAAGAUCAGGCAUGCAAGCUUGUGUUGACUUUGGAGCGUUGAGAACGUCUGAAGUAGAUCCAUAUUGAAAGGCUGGCUUAUGUAAUAUUUUGGUAUGUAAUAGAUAUUACGAAGAGAUACUGGAACGAAUACGCCAUAAAUUACUAGCGCGGCACAACUUCAACCCCCACCAUUACAGCGGGCAUUACAAACAUGGUAAGUAACAAUAUAGUAUAUUAUAACUAUCAGUCUAGAUAUAUUAUUAGCAGUUGCUGCUGCUAUUCUGCUCCGCAGUUAUGUCGUUGACUGAGUCUUCUCCAACCGAGAUAGCAAAACUCGCUUCUGCGGGUGCCAGGCAGCUGGCUAUCCUGUCGUCUGACGCCAGGAACAAGGCCCUUGUGGCCAUCCAUGAUGCGCUCAAGCAGAACAAAGAUAUCAUUCUUCAGGCCAAUGCCAGGGAUGUCGAAGCCGCUACAAAGGCAGUUGAAAAAGGCGAUCUCAGCUCAAGCAUUCUGAAGAGACUUGACCUGGCUCGGCUUGGGAAAUAUGAUGAUAUGCUCAAGGGCAUUCUCGAUGUCAAGAAUCUAGAAGAUCCAAUUGGGAAUAUAUCAUUACGAACAAAGCUAGACGACGGUCUGAUUCUUGAACGGGUCAGCUGUCCAAUCGGUGUUUUGCUGAUAAUCUUCGAGGCUCGCCCUGAAGUCAUUGCCAAUAUUGCGGCUCUAUCCAUCAAGUCUGGAAACGCUGCUAUAUUAAAAGGCGGAAAGGAGUCAACCGAGUCAUUCAUAGAAAUAUCUAGAGUAAUAGCGGAAGCUGCGGCUACGACGGAAGUGCCAAAGGCGGCUGUCCAGUUAGUCAAAACGCGAGAUGCAAUUCUCCCACUUUUGGCACUAGAUGACCAUAUUGACUUGGUGAUCCCACGGGGCUCAAAUGACUUGGUGAAGUUUGUGAAAACGAAUACAAAGAUCCCUGUUCUUGGCCAUGCGGACGGGAGAUGUGCUAUCUACCUUCACUCGGAUGCCGAUGUUAACAUGGCUGAACGGGUUAUACUUGAUUCAAAACUGCACUACCCUGCUGCUUGCAAUGCUGCAGAGACACUUCUGGUUGAUGAAAGAGCGCUAUCAACUAUCUUCCCCAGGGUAGCUGCAGCAUUAACUGCCAAGGGAGUCACCAUGAAGUGUGACCCAAAGUCCAAGGCUGCACUCCAAGAUAAAUUGGAUUCAAACCAGCUUGCGCUGCUCAAAGAUGCGACCGAGGAAGACUAUAACACAGAGUUCCUCGAUGCAAUCAUAGCUGUGAAAAUUGUUGAGGGAACAAGUGACCAAUCAUAUGUAGAUGCAGCAAUCUCACACAUUGGGGGACACUCAUCAAAGCAUACCGAUGUGAUAUUAACAUCUACGAGAGAGCUUGCUGAGCGCUUUUUGAGUGCGGUUGAUAGUGCAGGCGUCUUCUGGAAUGCUAGUUCUAGGAUGGCAGAUGGAAUGAGGUAUGGCUUUGGCACAGAGGUUGGAAUCAGUACCAACAAGAUUCACUCAAGGGGCCCUGUCGGAUUGGAAGGCUUGACAAUAUAUAAAUACCUGAUCCGGGGGGAAGGCCAUAUUGCGGGUGACUACUUCCAGGGCGAAGGUGGUAGAACCUGGAAACAAGAAAAGAUGGACAUUUGAUUUGAAAAACACAGUAUGCGUACUUAGACACCAGAUUGAACUAAAGAUUCGUUACCUUUCAUUGCAAUUCACAGGUAUCGAAAAGAGUUCAUGUCAUUUCGGUAAAAGAAUUAUUUCACAUUAGAGAGGCCCUCUAGCAGCCGUGUGGGUGAAAAGGGG